UCUUGUCCGGAGGGGGCGGGCAGGGGGAGCUGACCGCCGCCCGAGGCCCAGCCCCUCCUCCCUGCCCCCUUCCUCGGUUCGUCCGUCCCUCCCGGGUCCCAGCGUCGCUGUCUCGCUAGCCCAACGCACGCUCCGCCUCCGUCAGUCGGCUCCGCUGACUAGUGAGCGGCGUGGACAGGAGCCGGGGCCGGACGCGCGGCCGGGGCUGGGGGCUGGGAGCGCGGCGCGCACGGCCUCCCAGAGCAAGAUAGGGCCCCCGCCACCGGGCGAGGCCGGCGCCGCGAUGGCAGAGAUGGGCAGUAAGGGGGUGACGGCGGGGAAGAUCGCCAGCAAUGUACAGAAGAAGCUCACCCGCGCGCAGGAGAAGGUCCUUCAGAAACUGGGGAAGGCAGAUGAGACCAAGGAUGAGCAGUUUGAACAGUGCGUCCAGAAUUUCAACAAGCAGCUGACUGAGGGCACCCGGCUGCAGAAGGAUCUCCGGACUUAUCUGGCUUCAGUCAAAGCCAUGCAUGAAGCCUCCAAGAAGCUGAACGAGUGUCUACAGGAGGUGUAUGAGCCCGACUGGCCCGGCAGGGACGAGGCCAAUAAGAUCGCUGAGAACAAUGACCUGCUGUGGAUGGACUACCACCAGAAACUGGUGGACCAGGCGCUGCUGACCAUGGACACGUACUUGGGCCAGUUCCCUGACAUCAAGUCACGCAUUGCCAAGCGAGGGCGGAAAUUGGUGGACUACGACAGUGCCCGACACCACUAUGAGUCCCUUCAAACCGCCAAAAAGAAAGAUGAAGUCAAAAUCGCCAAGGCCGAGGAGGAGCUCAUCAAGGCUCAGAAGGUGUUUGAGGAGAUGAAUGUGGACCUGCAGGAGGAGCUCCCAUCCCUGUGGAACAGCCGUGUAGGUUUCUAUGUCAAUACGUUUCAGAGCAUCGCAGGCCUGGAGGAGAACUUCCACAAGGAGAUGAGCAAGCUCAACCAGAACCUCAACGACGUGCUGGUCAGCCUGGAGAAGCAGCAUGGCAGCAACACCUUCACAGUCAAGGCCCAGCCCAGAAAGAAAAGUAAACUGUUCUCCCGGUUGCGCAGAAAGAAGAACAGUGACAAUGCCCCUGCCAAAGGGAACAAGAGCCCGUCGCCUCCACCAGAUGGCUCCCCUGUGGCCACCCCCGAGAUCAGAGUGAACCAUGAGCCAGAGCCAGCCAGCGGGGCCACACCCGGGGCCUCCAUCCCCAAGUCCCCAUCUCAGCUCCGGAAAGGUCCACCAGUCCCUCCGCCCCCCAAACACACCCCGUCCAAGGAGAUCAAGCAGGAGCAGAUCCUCAGCCUGUUUGAUGACGCGUUUGUCCCCGAGAUCAGCGUGACCACCCCCUCCCAGCCCACAGAGAGUCCAGCUGGCAGCCUGCCAUCCGGGGAGCCUGGUGCUGCUGAGGGCACAUUUGCUGUGUCCUGGCCCAACCAGACGGCCGAGCAGGGGUCUGCCCAACCCGCAGAGGCCUUGGAGGUGGCAGGUGGGACCCAACCUGCGCCUGGAGCCCAGGAGCCUGGGGAGACGGCGGCAAGUGAAGCAGCCUCCAGUUCUCUUCCGGCUGUGGUGGUGGAAACGUUCUCAGCAACUGUGAAUGGCACCGUGGAAGGCAGCAGCGGGACCGGCCGUUUGGACCUCCCCCCGGGCUUCAUGUUCAAGGUGCAGGCUCAGCACGACUACACGGCCACUGACACGGACGAGCUGCAGCUCAAGGCUGGUGACGUGGUGCUGGUGAUCCCCUUUCAGAACCCGGAGGAACAGGAUGAAGGCUGGCUCAUGGGCGUAAAGGAGAGUGACUGGAACCAGCACAAGGAGUUGGAAAAAUGCCGGGGCGUCUUCCCUGAGAACUUCACGGAACGGGUGCAGUGAUGUGACGGCGGAGCUCCUGCAGUCCUCUGGGCGUGUGAAGAACACCUUUCCCCUC